UGAAAAAUUAAUUUGUCAGUGUGAAGUUUGCACUUUUCUUUCGUUCAAUAAUCAGAACAACAAUUCACCGAAACUUUUGUGACGAAUAAAAGAGCGAUUCAUCAAUUCUCGAGGGAUUAAUUACAAAAUUGUGAACAUGUCAGCCACAUCUACUCACAAAACUCUCACAGCAUUGGGUUUUAUUUCUAUUUUACAUGCAGCCUAUUCAGCAGCUCAACAUCGAUCAUACUUGAGGAUAACUGAACAAGAAUUCACGACUUUACCUGUCGAUAUUCUGAUCCAAGGAAUUCUCAGUUUAUUCCUGGUGAUGUACGGAGUUCUCUACAUAGCAGGGGAUUUCAAGGAAAUUCGGGCAGUUGUUGACCUUGAAAAUAAAUCAUGGGAGAACACGAGGAACCUUCCCUCGUUCCAACUAUUCCAUCAUCGAGGCAGAUGUCUCUCCCCAGACUACGUCCCUCCAUAUUAAUUAAUAUUAAUAUUAAAAAAAUAAUCAAACAAUCACCUCCAAAGAUUCAAUCAACUCUAAUUAAAAAAUAUAUCAGUUAAGCCACAAAUAAUUGAUAGUGGAAUAAUAGUAUGAAGAUGUUUUAAUGAAAAUUCUGCCAAUAACUGUUACAUCAAUUCGUGGAGAGAAUAAAAAAUAGUGGUAUCACUU